AUGGAAGAGCUGGAUAUUGCUGUUGGUCCGAUGAACAUCCGUUUAGAGAGUCUCACCAACGAGCCUACACCCUCGAACUAUGUCUCCUUCUUGCAAACUCACAAACCGGCCAAAGGCCGCAGUGAUAAAGAUUCCAUACAUUCUGUGUCCAGCAUGCGCAGCGUCAUGUCAGGAAUGAGCUCUUUCUGGUCGUCCAUCGGUCUCGGAGGAAGUACAUCCAAAAGCGAGAAGGCAAAAGCCCUUACACAGGCGGAUUUAACUUACCUCUAUUCUGCCUUUACAAAGCUUCCCUCUUUACGCCUCACCACUGAUCACCGUGCGCGGCUGAUCCAGGGAUAUGAGGAAUUCCCGUUCGAUACUGCUGUUCCGUUGUUUGCUUUCAAAAACCUUCAACAGCUGGACAUAGUGGAUCUCGAUUUCCGCCAGUUCUACGGAUGGGACCGAAUUUCGGAGCAGCUGACCCUCCUCACUGUGAAGCGAGCCAACGUCAGUGAUCCGACCGAGCUGCUCACAAAUAUAGUUUUGGACGACGCUGAAAAGCGACGAAGGCGGUCCACCAAGGGCGGCCGUGGGUCUCCCACUAUGUCUGCCUCGUGGACGGUGCCUUCAACCCCAAGGGCUGAAUACGCACAGUCGCAUUCCGAUCCAGGAUCCCCGGCACAUGGAAGUCUGGAGAAUGAGGACUCGAUGGAACCAGGCCCCAAAUCGAAGCCACUUUCAGGAAGUGUAUCCCCGAAACGGCCCAGUGCCACUCGGCCUGCCAGCUCGUAUAGGCAUAUUCGGACAUACUCCUCGACGGUGAGAAGGACGGGGUCUGGCAGUUCCUACUCAAGCGAGUACUCGAUCCAGCCACACCGUAGCGAGAGCAGCCCCAACGUGCUGAGCUUAAAUAUUCUACCCCCUUCGAAAUGGCAGAGGUUGAAGUAUCUAUCCCUGGCAGACAACUCUAUGACCGCUAUCUCAGCACAAAGUCUGGCCCCUGUAGCCAGCACUCUUCGAUCCCUCAAUCUCUCCUCUAACCUCUUCAACGAAAUCCCGGAUAGCUUGGCGUCCUUGACGAGGCUCGUUUCUCUUGAUCUGUCGAAUUGCAUGAUUGGUUCUCUCCAGUCGCUAUCCAGGUCACCUCUACCCGCCAUUCUCACAAUUAACCUCAAAGGCAACCGCUUGCGGUCUUUGGCUGGCGUUGAGAAGCUGCUGUCGUUGGAACAAUUGAAUGUCCAGGAUAAUCAGCUGUCAGACCCUAUGGAGAUGGCAAGGCUGACGGGUAUCCCGAAUCUCAAACGGAUCUGGGUCAAGCGGAACCCCUUUACCAAGACGCACUCGGAAUACCGGGUAACAGCAUUUAAUCUGUUCCGAAAGACACCUGGGUAUGUCGAUGAUAUUAUUGUUGAUGAAUCCGGGCCAGGUUAUUCGGAGCGCAAGCAGCUGGUAGAUCGAGUUCCUGAGGUUGAGCGCGAGCUUUCGCAGCCAUCCAUCCGGAUUGCUGAGCACCCGGUAAUCGUUCAACAAUCCGAUUCAACCCAGCCCGGUUUCAACGAGUCACCCGAAAUUGUCAUGAACACGACCCGUCGGAAAAAAGCUCCUCGAAGACGGAUAGUCGAUUUGGCGCACGAUGAAACUUUUGCCCGAGUUCCUGAUGAGGACUUAGCGGCGACGAUCAUCCCGAGCGGCAGUAUUAUGAACCACGAGAACCCACCAACGCUCAGCAUGCCGGUCCUACCUACAUCAAUACCCGCAGAAGCACUGUUGGAUGAUGUUUUUGACGGUUCGACGGAGGCACCGUCUGUAGGCUCGAGCGAGCCAGCCCAACAACACGACGACUAUCGAGCGAAAGUGGAGGCACUCCGACAAGAAUUCGGCAGCAAUUGGCUGAGUGCCUUGGGCGACCAAAAUUGGCACAACAAUCACCAUUUUGAAGUGUUGCAAGGGCAGAGUCUGGGCCAUGAUGCACUUCACCGAUCAGGCCACCAGGUCAUUGUUUCUGGCGGUGGGCGGACGCUGGGAUAA